AUGAAGCUUAUUCUGCAGGACGGCCGAACAUUUGUUGGAUUUUUCAAAGCUUUCGACAAGCACAUGAAUAUUUUGCUGGCAGAAUGUGAAGAACACCGACAAAUCAGACCAAAGGCAGGAAAAAAGGUUAGAUAAAUGGUUAAAGUAUGGAAAAUCAAAUAAAUAUUAAUUUUCAGACCGAUGGAGAGGAAAAGAGAAUUCUUGGUCUUGUUUUGAUCCGUGGAGAACAUAUUGUUUCAAUGACUGUUGAUGGUCCACCACCAAGAGAUGAUGACUCAAUCAGAGUACCAAAAGCUGGAGGUGUUGGUGGAGUUGGAACUGCAAAACCAGCAGGUCGUGGAAUGCCAGCAAUGCCUGGUAUGAUGCCACAAGGUGCCCCCGGAGGUUUGGCUGGAGCUGUCAGAGGAGUUGGUGGACCAGGAAUGGGACAAAUGGCACCAGGAUUCGGUGGACCACGUCCAUAUUAA